AUGGAAGUAUUGUGUUAUAAGUAUUUUUAGCAAUUUAUAAUGAACCUUGAUGAUACAGAUUUUAAAACUCCAUAAAAAUAGCAAUUGAGCAAAUCACCUAUUACAAUUAAUAAGCAAAGUUCACCUAAGAAAGCGAAGGAAGAAAUCAAAAAAAUUAAGAUCAUUAAGAAACUGGAGUUCAAUGAUGAUCAGUUAGUAAUAAGAUAAGAUGGAAUACUUGGAAGAAGUAAGCGUAUUACAUCUAAAGAAAAUAAAGUAAAUUCAUCCUACACUUUGGGUCUAUUAAAUUCAAUAGAACUAAACCAAAAUAAUGUCAUAGUAAAUAAGCUAGUGAAACCUAGCGAUGACGAAUUAUUUAAUCUCUCCAGAGAUGAAAACAUAGUGUGUAAAUGUAGAAAGUCUAAGUGCAUCUAAAACUAUUGCGUUUGCAGUGCCAAUAAUCAAGAAUGCUCAUUCAAAUGCGAAUGCUACAAUUGCUCAAACAAAUAGCCAAAAUCCGCUAUCUCAAAAUAAUCAGGAUCUGAAUAUUUGGGAUGCAAUUGUAGAAAACAAGAUUGUUCUAAAGGGUAUUGUGAAUGCCAAAAACGGAAAAUCAAAUGCACAUCGAAGUGCAGAUGUUGUGAUGAAUGCAAAAAUUGUGAUAUACAACCCUUACCCUUUCAUUUAGAUAGUUUAUUCUGA